CUUCCCCUCUCAGGGCGAGCGAGUGCAAUCAUGGCAUCUCUCUCUGAUUGUUGAACAUUAUUUAAUAAGUCGGGGCAUUUCCGCAUCAAUCCCUUGCUCCGAGUUCGUUAACCGGCGUGACCAGAAAGCGAGCAGAUCGUCCAACGACCAGCUCGACAGCUUUUCAUUGUCAGCCAGACACUUUGCCUAUCAUUAUUACUAGUACUAAUAUUAUUAUUAUUACUAUUGUUAUUAAUUUAAUUAUCUAUUUACGUCGGGCAGCCAGAACUCGCUCGCUCUCUCUGCCAACGUCUUCUACUUAUUCAGGGCGGCUUUUUCUUUUUCUUUCUAUCCGUUUGAUGGAGUUAACGACGUGGAUAUAUGCCAACGACGCACUACCAACAGCACGUGUUUGACACAUCCAUUUAUUCCUUACAAAAAAAGUUUCAUUGAAUGUGCUACGGGCAUGCUGGAUUACAACCUUCGAAGACUCAGUCGAACAUAUCGACCACAGUAUAUAUUUCAAUCUGGAUGUUGAGCGCAAGAUCAUUUGGUCAUAGAAUCAAAUCCUUGGACUGAGUGACACAUUGUGUCUUUAAACAUGGUACUUCAUUUCCCAGUCUGCUCAGCCAUAAUAAGUGCCAGCCAGGUUUAUGAAAUGACAACACCAUCAUAAUCAAGGGUUAUAUACCACCUUACCUUCUGGAGUACUUUUAGCUAUGAUUUGGACAUUACUUUUAACCAGACUUGCACUUAUCACGUGCUUUGUAUUGCUCUUCUGUUGUCUGACAGUUGCCCGAUUGACUAGGAUCCAAACUCUACGGAGACGUGAUGAGGCUAAGUCCAAAAUAUCUCAUCAACGUUUGCUUCGAUUAAAAACUCGCAGUGAGAAACCAAACAUCAUCUUAAUUCUUACAGAUGAUCAAGAUGUUUUACUUGGUUCUUUAGAUUAUAUGCCUAAAACCAGGAAACUCUUGACCAACAAUGGUGCUUUCUUCAAUAAUUCUUUUGUUUCAACACCAAUGUGUUGUCCAUCUCGGAGUACAUUAUUGACUGGUAUGUACAGCCAUAACCAUAAUGUUUUCACUAACAAUGAAAACUGUUCCUCUACACAAUGGCAGCAGAAUUACGAGACCAGGAGUUUUGCUACAUAUCUGAGUGACCAAGGUUAUCGAACUGGUUAUUUUGGGAAAUAUCUUAAUGAAUAUAACGGCUCUUAUAUUCCUCCUGGCUGGAGAGAAUGGAUGGGGCUGAUACGCAAUUCUCGAUUUUAUAAUUAUUCUGUCAAUUUUAAUGGUAAAAGGAUGAAGCAUGGUGAUAACUAUUAUGAAGACUAUUUCACAGACCUCAUCGCCAAUGACAGUGUUACGUUUCUCAAACAGAGUAAACAGCUAUUUCAGAAUAAACCCGUCCUGAUGGUUUUGAGUGUACCAGCACCACAUGGAACAGAAGAUGCAGCACCCCAGUAUCAGCAUUUAUUUGCUAAUGCAACAUCUCACAGAACACCAAGUUGGAAUUAUGCUCCAAACAAAGACAAGCAAUGGUUACUUCAACAUAUGCAGAAAAUGGAACCAAUUCAUCAGUUAUUCACUGACAGAUUGCAGAUGAAACGUCUCCAAACGUUGCAGUCGGUUGAUGAUUUAGUUGAAAAGGUUGGCGCAGAACUGAAGACCCUUGGUGAAUUAGAUGAUACCUAUAUUUUAUACACAUCUGACCAUGGCUAUCAUCUUGGACAAUUUGGUCUUAUUAAAGGAAAAGCAAUGCCCUAUGACUUUGAUGUACGUGUCCCUCUAAUCAUUAGAGGGCCUGGAAUAAAGCCAGGCAUUAAUAUCAACAAUUUAGUUGCCAACAUUGAUAUAGCGCCAACCAUCUUGGAUAUGGCUGGGAUUGAUAUACCUUCUGAUAUGGAUGGACGCUCUCUUCUUCCACUCUUGAAAGCUGCCAAAAAUAUAAGUAAAGGAGGUUUCGUCAGUCGAAACAAGCCAUGGAGAGACACAGUGCUUCUUGAAAGAGGAAAAAUCUCCAAGAAAAUUCGUAAACAGAUGUUACGACAAGAGAAAAUGUUGGCCUGGUUCAGUAAAAGUGAACUGCAAAAGAAUGGCAUCCGUAGCCCAUCUGUCAACUUCCAGAUGUUCUCUGGAGCUGAUCUUGUUGAGCUUUGUGAACGACCAGAAUUCAAAUCUCCUUGCAAACCACGACAGGCCUGGGAAUGUCGCUUUGAGAAAGGAACACCUGAAAUAUUUAGAUGCCGUACAAAUCGUCCAAGCUAUAUGCCAGGACUUCAGAAUGAUCCUGCUUGCAUAUGUCCUUCACCUCGACCCCGCAGCCAAGAGAAACUGGAACGUAUAAACAAUCGAAACUUCAUCCGUUCCUACAUUAACAGAGAAAAUAACAAGCAACGAUAUUUAAGAUCCAAAUUGAAGAGAUCAUUGCGCCGGGUAUCUUCCUAUUAUUCCAAUGUCUACCCACCUGAUUUUUCUACAGAGGACUCUUUACAAAUUGAUUUUCCCUAUCAACAGCAGCAGCAAAUGUGCAGAGUUCUGGCAAACAACACUAUUGUUUGUGAUCCUGUGUUAUAUGAGGAAAUAGAUAUCUGGAAAAACCAUAAAGACCAUCUUGAUUCUUUAAUUCAAAAAUAUCAAUUGACAAUUAAAAAUUUAAAGGAUAUUCGUAAACAUUUGAAAAAACAGAAACCUUCUGAAACGGUAGCACCACCAGUUCCUGUCGACCGCAUGUUCUAUCCUAGCACUGGAAGCUACGACAGAGUUGGGAGUGGGGCCUGUGACUGUAGCAGGACACAAACAGGUAUCAACACGGCUAACAGGAAGUUAACUACACCAAAAUUUAACACUUUGUUUAGUACAAAUCAACCAAUUCUACCAUGGAAGCGUCCACGGUAUCGCAAGAAGAUAUUGAAGCGUAAAUUUAAGCGUAAGUUUAAGCGUAACCGGAAAGACAGUAAACAUGAAUGCCGUGUUCCGAAUAUGAAAUGUUUUACACAUGACAACGAUCACUGGAAAACCCCACCUUACUGGAACUUUCCAUCAAAGUUUAAGACACGGCAUCGGAUACGUUCAACUGAAUAUCUCUCUCAGCUUCAUGGGAUAUCUUGUAAAAAAGAUGGUAUGGAAUGUAGUAUCAUGGAUAACGACCACUGGAAAACACCUCCAUUUUGGACUUAUGGCCCAUUUUGUUUCUGUUCCAACGCCAAUAACAACACAUACUGGUGUAUUCGUACAGUUAAUGAGACUCACAACUUCCUCUAUUGUGAAUUCAUCACUGGCUUUAUCAGUUAUUAUAACAUGCUGGAAGACCCAUAUCAGUUGAAGAACAGCAUCCAUGAAAUAAAUUACGGUGUACUGCAACAACUACAUGCCAAUUUAGAAAAACUCAGAAAAUGUAAAGGUGCUAAGGAAUGCAGUUAUGAUUAUCUCGAUGAAAGUCUCAAAAAACCGAAGCAAGAGAACAUCGUCAAUGAAUCUCUGGUUGGAAGAAAAGGUGUUCCACCCAGGUUUACAACAUUCACUCCUUAUCCAUUCUCUAAACAAGAUGGAUUAGUUUCAAAUGUAAUUUCUGUAGAUAAAAAUUUACCCCUUGAACAAGGCUGAUAGGAGAAAGGUUUCAGUAUAAGGUGGUGCAAUUUAUUCUAUUUUGUUUGUUAGUUAGUUAUUUUCCCAACUAUUCUUGAUGCUUCCCAUAAACCAUAAUUGCCUCUUUUACUCUUGGAUUUUCAUUUCUAAGACUAUAAUUGUUUUUUUAUGCAAUAAUUUUUUUUUUUCACUUUUACAGGAGAAAAAAUUUCAAUUUUUUUUUCUUAAUGAAAAAUCUUAAAAGAUUUCUUCAUUGUAUAUUUUUACAGCAUGUCAAUAUUUCAUGUUAAAGAAAGUGGUGUAGACAGCUUAUAGAGAGGAGAGCACUGGAACUAGAUGCUUUACUGUAAAUUUGUUUGCUCCAUCACUAAUAUUGUUUAAAGUUUGAAAUCUGAAUUUCCACCAGGGCCAACUUUGCCUUUCACCCCUUCUUGAAGGUUGAUAAAACAAAGUACCAGUAUUAGACUAGAGUCAAAUUAAUUGAAUUUACUUGGAAAAAAAAAAAAAGCAAGAAUUUGAUAUUUCAUAUAAGGAGAAGGGGACUGGAAACUAAUCUUUUAAAGUCACUCUCUUUUACUCAUCUGCCAUCCAUCCAUUCAUUUAUCUAGCUAUGUCUCUUUUCUCCUUCCUUCUCCCUUGUCAUUAAAUAUUGUGUUGAAAUAAUGAUUGAUCAAAACGGUUUUGUUUGGUAUGAAACAUUAAGAAAAAUCUAUUUUUGUUUUUAUCAACUUCACUGAAAAUCUUUUAUUUAUUUAUUUGUCUUCUUAACCCACUGACUUUUGUUUAUAUCCAUUAUAAAGGGUCUUCAAAAUUUACUAUCUCUAUACAAAAUAUAAGUUACUUCUGUACCAGUUUAUAUCUUGGCUGUUCACUCAGAAAUUUGAUAUAUUCACGGUUACAUUCUUGUUAGAAGAAACUAUUAGAGUGUGACUCAAGUGACUAAGUUCACCACUUGCUGUUAAAUUCGUAGCUGUUUUACUAAUUAUUCUAUCUAUAAACUACCAUAGCUUUAAAACAAAAAUUCAACUUCCUCCUUACAUAUUGUUUAAUUCAUAUCAAAAAUACAAUCCUUUUGAGAACCAACCUACUGGAGAAUGUUCAAAGUUCAUUAAUAAAAAAAACUGCUUGUUUUAAAGUGUUUAUAUACAAAUUAAAACUCAUCAUUUUUAUGCAACUUUUGGUUAUGUUCCAAACAUCAGCUUAAUACCAAUAAAUAUUUUGUUAGUAAAUCAUUCUAGAUCCUUUAAUUAUUUAAAAAAAUUAAUUAUAAAAUAUUGUCAUAGAAGAUUUAAAUUUUCUUUCCAGCAUACAAAUAAUUACAAUUUAGCAACACCUUUCCAGUAAAUUCCAUAAUUAUCUGCCUUAGUUUUAUAUGUUGGAUCAUAGAUUGAAGCUCUAAGAAAAAUGAAUUAUCAAGGAGGAACGUCAUCUGUACUCUUUUAAAAUUCACAAGACGCUCUUCUUUGUAUUCAUAAUUUUCUGGCUAAAAGUAUCUUUCCCAAGAAAUUAUAUUAAUUAUAUAAUAUCUAGAGAGUAAUAUCUGAUUGUUGUGUUCUUUAAUGGCAACAAACAACAGCAAUCAGAUAUACAUAUUGAAUCUGCUAGAACAUAUUAAGAAUGAAUAGAUGCAUUAUUGUUUGGAUCCACACUGUUCUGCAGGCACCCCAUGAAUUUUUGUUUGGUAGACAUAAACCAGCAAAUGAUUUGUUUGCUGAUUCCUAUGAACAAGAGCUAGUGCUCUUGUUAAAUUCAUUGGUUCAGUGGGGUAGCUUUGACUGAUGAGACAUAAGGUUGAAACACCAAAGUAAUCUCAUAGUCCCCUUACACCAGUGAAUUGUAUGUGCUAUGAACACACAUUGUCUAAAGGGAGGAGAUGUUCCCUCAUGCCAAACAACAGUAAUCAGACAUUCACAUUCGAAUUUGCCAGAACAUAAGAAUGAAUAGAAAUUAAGAAAAUGAUCUAAAUUGAAAAUUCCAUCAAAAGUUCAUGUUAGUUAAUAUUUCCAAAACCAGUUUAUUAAUGACAAUUAUUUUACUAAAUUCUUCAUUAAUUUCAAAAUUGAUACAAACGCAAUGUUUCAACAGAAAUAUGAUAACAAAAUGCUUACACAGACUUAUGUUCAAAGGUAUCCCAGCCAUGACUAUCCAGUCACUUUUUUAUCACAGUAAACCCCAGAUUACAUCAUCCAGUGAUGGUAGGGUUUGGUUUCACCCUUUUGCACAAGAUUGCUUGAGAUUGCUCCUAGUUCUAUGAUACAAACUUCCUGUUUUUAAAGUGAUUUAAAUUAAACACUUCCAUCAGAAUUUCAUAUUAGUUUAUGUUUCAAACAAAGUUAUUUUAGUAAAUUCUUCAUUACUGUCAAGAUUAAUUGAUAUGGAGGCAGUGUUUCAAAAGAAAUAUGAUAACAAAAGGGUUAAAGGAAGUUUUAAAUUUAAGUACUGUAAAGGUGAUGACUGUUUGAUCUGAAAUCUUCAGAUUCUCAUUUCAGACUUUAGUUUAUCUGACGAGAUGUUAAAGAAAUUAAGAUAGUAUCAGCACAUGACUGAGGCUAUAUUAAAUUCAAUAUGGUGGAGAGCUAUUAGCUUAUAGCUGUGAAGAACUAUUCAGAUUUAUGUUAACAAUUUGGUUGCACAAAUCAUCAUACUUAGGAAUCCUCAGUAACUCUAAAUGUAAAAUAAUUUUUUUAUAACACUAGUAUAAUUAGUCUAAUAUUAGUUUGCUUUAAAUAGCAAAACUGAAAAAGAGUUUUCUCUCUGAUGGUCUGUUCCUCAUUACAGUGCAUAAUGAAUGUUUUUAGGUGACAGAUUUAAGAUUUAAACCAAAAUAUGAUAAAAUAAAUGAAAAGCAACAUCAAAAAAUAUAAUUAAGUCCUAAUUACUUAAUAUCAGUAAGUUCUUUGAUCUUUCUAUUUUUUCAAUGAUAUAUAUAUAUAUAGCUUUUUGUUUUAAGGUGUCUGUCAAAUGAUUAUUUGAAGCAACCAUAAAGAUAAUUGCCAUAUUAAUUAAUUGCAAGCAUUUUCUUCAUCAACAUUCAGAAGAAGCUUGAUGUAAAAAAACAAAAAAAUGUUCACAGUGCAAUGAUAAACUAAUUAUGUGUAUUAAUGAUAAGUAUCUGAAAAUAUAUAUAUUAGCAUCUUUUUGUUCCAUUUAACUAAUUCCAGCUCCUUGGUUACUUUCAAGGAUUAUGUAAAUAGUCACUUUUAGGAUUGCUGUAAAAAUAAAAUAAAAGAUUCUGCAUGACAGAUAGUGUAUUGGGUUAACGCCAGUUUGGAAUUAGAAAACUGAACAAAAGAAAAAAAGAAGAAAAAUUGAAACCAAUUGAUUAAUAAUAGUGAAUGCCGAACUAUCAAAAUGUUAUGUAAUAGGAAGGCUGCUGAUUAUUAAAUGACGAUCUUAAAAAUACAAACAAAUCAAUGAUUAGUAUGUAAUUUGGGGCAAAAUGUGGGAGUUUUAUAAAUAUAUAUACAUAUAUAUAUUUUUACAUAUACAAAUAUGCUGUUGAUAUUUUUUUUUCUUGGUUUCUCACAGCCAAUAAUUUUUUAUAUUAUAUAAAUUUUUUUAUUAUUAUUAUAAUUAUUUUAAAAAUUCUGUAAAAAUACCAUUGUAAUUGUUUUUUUUAUAUUUGUAUUUAAAUGUGAACUCUACAUAUCUUUAAAACAAAAGAAAUUUAACUUUUUUUUUGCAUUGCGAUAUUGAAAAUAAAAAUGUGAUUUUUUUUUUUUAAGAAUUCCAUGUAAUUUUCAUUAUUGAUGUUUGAAGAUCUCUUCUUUUUUUUUUGAGUUGAAAACUACUAAAGAUUAAUUCAAAUGAAAUUAUUAUUUCCAAAUGUCUUUGUUUCUUGUUGUUGACGAACUGUGUGAAGGUUGUAUAAGAGGUAAAUGCUUUAAUAUACAAAUCCUCACAAAUAAAAUGGUGCUGAUGGCUCCAUUCAAUUUAA